UGUUAUCGUCAGCGAAAAGAUUCAACAAAUUAUAUUCAGUACAUAUCAAGCGCAGACAUCGAACGGUUACAUAAAAUGGAGACUACUAGAGCGGAGAUGGAAACGUGGUUGGAUUGGUGCGUCCGAAAAAAUGACAUCAAGCAAUUGUGGGCUGCCCAACCUACAUAUAUAAUAUCUCAGGCCGUUUACGUUUUGGCUGGCCUCUUAACAUUAUUUCAUGCUUUUAAAAAAGGCGGAAGAUGGCCUUAUUUUUGGCUCGGUACCGUACUUCAUGGGAUUUACGCAGAUAACUUCUGGCAUUUCGUAUUGCCAGAGUACGAUAAUUUCUGGCAUUCGCAGACCCCUAUCAUAUUCCUGGGAGCCCGGUUGCCCCUACAUAUAAUUUUGUUGUAUCCCGCAUUUAUUUACCACGCAGCGUAUGCAGUCUCAAAGCUGAAUCUUCCACGUUACGCGGAGCCUUUCGCGGUGGGCUUGGUUACUGUACUGAUAGACAUUCCCUACGACAUUGUGGCGGUCAAGUUCGUACACUGGACCUGGCACGACACUGACCCUAACAUAUUCGAUCGUCACUACUGGGUUCCCUGGAACUCCUAUUACUUCCACGCUACAUUCACAGCAAGCUUCUUCUACUUCUUUACUGCGAUCAGAAAUUGGUAUGCGCCGAAAGUGGGACAGUGGGCUUCUGCGGGCAAAAAGGUGGAAUGGAAAACGUUAAUUCUAGCAACGAUCCUGGGGAUGCCAGGCGGUGUACUCCUCUUCGUACCGAUCUAUCACCCGCUCCACGACAUAUACAAAAUACAUUCAGAGAUCACAUUCUUCCUUUUGUUUGCGAUUUAUGGCACUUUCGUGAUCCACGGGCUGCUUAGCGAUAGAGAGAAAUCCAAGGAAAGACUUACUCUUGUAGAUUACAUCCUGAUACUGCAACUGGCCCUCCACUACGUAAUAUAUUGGAUAUUUGUUGUGUUCUUCCACCCAGAGAGGGAAUGGUCUACUGGACUGCACGAGCCGGUCGGUCCAUGCAAUGAAGUAGCUAGCUUAGUCACGCCUUUUGGACAGACCUUGUACAAACGUAAGUACUUCUGCCCGGACCAGUACGACGAGGGUUACUUUGACUUCCACUGCGUCGGCGGCAAGAAGCCUCCAAAUGGUGCUACUUGGUACACUAUUUGUGGUACGCCAUUCGCGAAUCGUGCUGAAUAUAUCGUGCUGCUAACAACGAUCCUCUUCCUAGCCGCCGGCGUCUUCUACGGCCUUUACUUCAGAACUAUUCAGUCCGUACCAGUACCAACUAAGAAGCAGAAAACCAAAUAAAAUCUUCCAAUAACCAAAACGUCAAAUACAUUUUUUAAUUGAAGUAAAAAAUAAUAAUAAAACAUCACACUCGCAACAAAUGUUUUUUGGUAAUAAGAAAUGUAAUCUCGACAGUCUACCGUAUUUCGCUGCUGUUACUAUAUAAACACAGAUAGUCGUUGUGCACUAAAAGCUUAGCACGAAUUGUUCGAUAAAAGAAAAAUAAAUAAAUCCAGCUUAAAAUUGGUUUCUCAAUUUGUCGUGUAGUUCUUGCACAUUUAUCCUUCGAUAGCAUCCGAUUAUCCGAUGAAUAAAAUAUCAUAAAAUUAUUUUAUUGUA